CGAGAUUCAUCCGUAUUAGGCAACCGUCACCCUGACUUUCCUGAUGGGCGCGCUGAAUUUUUCAUUGUCACCAGUCGUCUUGGCCGAUCCGUGCCAUUCAUGCCACGAAGUAAACUCAACGCAUUUGCCGUCGUACCCAUAGGUCGUGGCCGUCUUGGUCUCGCCAAGCAGGCGAUCACUCACGAUGUGGAACUUUUGCUCACGACGUUUGUCGCAGAAUCCACACAUAACUUCAGGUCGUUUGGCAAAGUGUGGAAAGAACUCAACUUUGGCUAUAUUCACUUUGCAUGCUUGGAAAAAGAGAAUCGCACUGUGUUUAUGCAUACAAUUUACGAUGCUGUACUUGAAUAUCUGACGAGCGAUAACGAGCUGUUCAGGAUAGCAACGAUCUUCGCUCUCUAUUCUUUGUAUUUCUCGCAGCCCGUUGCCUAUGAACGAAUCCGUAUUCGAGUCGAUAAUGCUUUGUGGAUAGAACUACACAAUUAUUUCAUGACAUGUGCGAGGCAAAAGGAAAAUUGGUCGGUAGCGGUGCUUUUCAAGCGCUUGAAAGAUGAAGGCGCAUUUUGCUUGGUGGCGAUCCGCCAGUUGGAGACGCCCAGUUACUUUUUACAACUCGAAUCAAAGCAGGCUUCAGAUGUUCUUGAAGAAUUUCAGGAAAUUAAGCGAAAUCGGUUCCGGCAAGAUAUUUCGACCCCAUGUUCCAAUGCCGUAUCUUCUCGGUUUGAAGAGCUUGCAAAACAGUACCAACAAGCGAAAAAUCUAGCUUGUGCCACCCCUCAGGCAACCGUCGCUACGCAACAAUGGUUAAAAACGAGUCUGAAUGUCGAAGAGACCAAUCCACGAUUACUACGUAACGUAUUUCUUAACAAUUCCCUCGCCACCGAUGAAACCGAAUUCCCGAACGAACUGAAAAAAGCCAAUCAUGACAUAUGGACAGCAAGGGUCAAACGCUUACGGCAACAAUGAUACAUUUUUCCGUUUGCCCACCUUUAGCAUCCAUCAUUAUUUCUUCCAUGAUUGUAGAUACCACUCAUGCUGCUGCUCAUUUAUUUUGCAUUGUACCAACGACAUUCCUCGGCAUUACCCUGUAUACCGACAUAGAUAUGUAUUGAUUUUUUCAUAUCACAGUAAAUACGACUGUUAUUUAUUCAGUCUCACGGACUCAUUUGACAAAGGUUAUUGAAGCAAAAUGGGUAACCAUUUCAGGCCCUUGCUUGAAAGUCGUGGUGUGGGGUUUAGAAAGAAAAAAAAUGGCAAGUUGGCCAACACGACAAAUAAAUGUUUUGAUUGAAAGAAUAAACAGGUCGCCUUCUU